AUGAGCUCCAAUAUGAAAGAUAUCAAAGGAUAUAAAAUAUUGAACAUUAAUUUGAAUGGCAUAAGGCAUCAUGUACUCUUCAAGAAACACGAAAGUAAUAAGAGUGAUGACCGUUCUAUAUUCUUAUGUAAUUUACCCAUUGCCACAGAUUUUAAAACAUUAAAAAAAUUUUUUGAAAAGCAUAGUAUUGGUGCAACUAUUGAAAAUUUCACCAACAGUUAUUUAACUGAUUCUAUAGAAGAUAUAGUUAUUGAUUUACCAUCAUUAACCAGUGAUUUAAAAGAUCCCGAAGUCAAUGAAAGUUUUAAAUUACCUAAAAACUGUGGGGUUUUAACAUUUAUCGAUAAAGCAGCAUUUCAAUUAGCAUUCACAAACUUAAACAAAUUAAGUAAUAAAGAAGAAAUAAUAGAUUGGCCCAUCAAUAGCAAUUCUUUCGGAUCCUCCUAUUUCUUAAAUCAAUAUCAAUCACAAAUCCUCGAUAUUCAAGAAUUAUCAAACGAUGUCAAUCAAUCCUUGAUUGAUUUUGACCAAGCAGAAAAGGAAUCCAUGGAGAAUUUCCAAAAUCAAAAACAAUUGGUUGAUGAUGAUGGUUUUACAUUAGUUGUUGGUAAUCAAAGAAAGACUAAAGCUGGUAUUUUAGGUAAUCAACAACAAUUGAAAAAUAAAUUAAAUAGUGAAAAAGUCCAAAAGAAAGAAAAGACUAAAGAAAAGGAAGAUUUCUAUAGAUUCCAAUUGAGACAACGUAAGAAAGAUGAAAUGAAUGAUUUGUUAAGAAAAUUCAAAGCUGAUCAAGAGAAAGUCCAACAAAUGAAAGAAAAGAAGAGAUUCAGACCUUAUUAG